ACCAAAAAGUUGUUAUGGAAACUAAUGAGCUAUGUGAUUUGAAUUUUGCAUAUCAAACAUCGAUAAGUAUCGACUGACAUUUUUUGCAGCCCUACCGCGAAGUACAUAUGCUGUUUGAUAAAACUCGCGUAAAGUGGAUUCUAAUAUGUUUAAACAAUCUUUUAAGUAUUAUAAGCAGAAAACACCGCUGCCCGAUCUACAGGAUGUAAUUGAUUUAGAUUCAUAUGGAGAUAAUCCCGGUAUCGCUGCUCGACCAUGGUUCACUCUGGUAAAUCCCAUGAGCAUCUGUGAAUUGAACAAAAAUAAGGCUGCAGAGCUAGCACUACCUGUUGGUUUGAAACCAACGCACGCAUGGCAGUGUUAUACGCUAAUGCAACAUCCUGGCCUGAUUGUCAUACGGAAUCCAUUUAUGGCCUUGGGCCAGCGUUAUUGGAUGAGUCGCUGUCUACGUGACUAUCCGCAGAAACCAAACAUAUCCAACUUGGAUGCAAAUCCUGCAAUGGCAGAUUUUUCAACGGACUGGUGGAUGGAGCUGCAGCGUUCUACGGACAAGCAAGCAAAACAACGUAUUAAAACUUCUAUGCGUUGGACGACAUUGGGCUAUCACCACAAUUGGGAUACCAAGGUGUACGAUGAGGCAAUGCACAACAAAUUUCCAGAUGAUUUAAAAGCUCUAUGCCAAUUCUUUUCACUUGCCAUUGGAUUUGCCAAUUAUGAGCCACAGGCUGCUAUUGUCAAUUACUAUCCAAUUGGUACUACUUUAUCUGGGCACACAGAUCAUUCGGAGUUGAACCUCAAAGCUCCCUUGUUUUCCUUUAGUUUUGGACAAGCUGCUAUAUUUCUUAUAGGCGGCACCACCGUAGACGAAAAGCCCUCAGCGCUGUUUCUUCGUAGUGGAGACGUUUUAGUCAUGUCGGAACAGUCCAGACUCUGCUAUCACGCAGUUCCACGCAUCCUACCAACGGACUUAAAGCCCUGGAAUGACUGUCUACCACCAACCAAAGAUGAUGAUAAGGCUGUAGGACAUUGCAUGGAUACCGUGUUGUACAGCAAUGUUUAUGACGAUCAAUUUUGGCUGCCAUUUGAGGACUAUAUAACUGACUCGCGUAUCAAUGUAAAUGUUCGUCAAGUACUAGAAUUUGGCAAAACCGAAUUUAAAUAACUCAUAAAUCGAAUGUGUGUAUGUGUCUAUAUUUAUAUAUUUCUGUGUGCCUAUAUUAUAUAUGUAUAUAUGUCUAUAUUUAACCAGCAAAGCGUAAAGGUUGUGACUACAGUUUAGGAAAUAUGUAUACAAAAUUUUUUUUUACUACCAAUCAUAACUUGAUUAGUAGAGGCUAUAUUCUAGUUGGGCAGCAUCGAAUG